AUGCGAGAAAAAGUUCAUUUCCCUGGACACGAUGCGUCUUCAUCCGAUGCGCCGCACAUUCCUCAGGUUCUUGUCGAGUCAGAGGAUGAACCUCAGUCUCCAUACCAGCUAAGCUGGAGAACGCUCGUGGCAUUUUUCGCCCUGGCAAUGGGCAAUACUUGCGCAGCAUUGGCAAAUACCACAAAUACUACGAUCAAAUUCCAAGUUGCAACUCUCGCUAGGUCGCCCGCCGAUGCAAGUCUGGCUAGUUGGAUCGCCAAUGGGAAUUUCCUCUGCUCACUUGCUCUUGGCCCAAUCUUUGGUUCACUGAGCGAUCGCAUAGGUAAAAAAUGGUUCCUGGUCAUAGGUUGUUUGAUCGGAGUGGUAGGCUCCUGUAUCUCAGGAUCAGCUCAGACUUUGAGCACCAUUGUCGGCGGCAACGUAUUAACCGGAAUCGCCAACGCUGGUUGUAUCGUCUCCAUCAGUUGCAUACAGGAAAUAAUGCCCAACAAGCUUCGACCCUGGGCUCUAGGCGUGUCCCAAGCUUUGGCAAGUAUUUUUGUGGUCCUCGGGACUUUCAUGGCCGCCGCCAUGGUGCGGGAUAACACUGGAGGUCACGGCGGAUGGCGAUGGGCUUACUACUUCAACAGCAUCAUAUACGGGUGCACUGCGCUUGCCGUGGCAGUGACCUACUUUCCUCCGCCGCCACGCCUGGGCAAGAACAGUAACCUGUUUAGUGAUAUUCUGACCAAAGUCGACUACGUGGGUAUCGGAAUAAUGACGGGCUCAUUCACAGCUCUGGUGAUUGGACUCACAUGGGGUGGAAGCACGUAUCCCUGGGAUAACGGCAAGAUUAUCGCAACUCUAGUCGUCGGGUGCGUAGGCCUAGUCGGAUUCGGCCUGUAUGAGAUGUUUGUCGUCAAAGAAGGUAUCCUGGAUCAUCGCCUGUUCCAGACGAGGAAUUUCCCCAUUCUGCUUGUGGUUUGUACCAUUGAUGGUAUGCUGCUCUUGGGUGUCAAUGUCUUGUUCUCGCAGGCGAUAUUCGAUCUCUUUACACAAGAUGCGGUUCAGAUCGCGGUCAUCCUGUCUCCAUUCCUGAUCACGUCGACAUUUGGUUGCAUUCCAAGCGGAUGGAUCAUGUGGUGGACCAAAUCAUAUCGGCUUCUGCUCGCCAUUGCGCUUUUCUGGUGUAGUCUAUUCUCAGGUUUGAUGAGCUUGGCAACCUCGUCACGACUGAGCUGGGUAUAUGGGUUUUCGACAAUGCUAGGGAUUGGGACGGCGGUGACCACGACUCUUCCUAUCGUUGCUCUGGGCCUAUCCGUUCCAUCGUAUUUACUCGGCACGGCUGCAACGGUCAGCGUUUCGUGUAGGGCGCUGGGUGGCAUUGUUGGCAUCACCAUUUUGACGGCUGUCUACAACAACAAGUACACGUCAUACGUUGGGCCACUUGUUGCCAGCAGCCCCGUUGUUGAACCGCCCUAUCUUGAUCAGAGCGCCCAGGCAUGGAGAUAUGUGUGGGUGGUCAUUGCAUGCAUCGUGGCGGCUACCGGCUUUGCAUCGUGCGCGCUUCAAAGCGUGCAGCCAAUGAUGAAUGGCCAUAUUGAGUCUGCAUUGGAGAAUCGCAAGGGCCUUCACGGCACUGGGGAGACGGAUUCCGAACCAGCUUCCAGCGAACAUUGA